GAGAGAGCAGGAGUGAGUGUCAUUGAAAGGAGUGAGAGCGAGUGAGUGCAUGUUUAAAAGUGGAGAGAGAGCUUUAAAGAUUUUAGCCCACAGGCUGCACAGGAGGAGGGAUUCCCCCAACUUUUUGCCUUUUUCAUACUUUUUUUUUUUACUUGGAGCUGUGUUAUUUUUUUGUUGUUUGUACAGACAGAGAAUAUGUACAGUGGGAGCAGUUGGAGGCAGGAGUAGAAAGGAGAGAGGAGAGAGGCAAAGGCCACAGACUUCUCUCAAGGAAAGAGACCAUGCAAGUGGAUGCUGUCUCCUCCAGGAUCUCAUUCCACAAAAUGACAAAGGACUCCCGGAGCACUUUAUCAAGGCUCAGCCCCCCAAGAAAGAAUGCCAGCUGCUAGCACCAUGACCGGUGGGAGGGUCCUGCUGCUCUGUACAAACACUGACAACUGUAUCUACCAAUCAGUCAACGGACUCCAGUGCUGCGGACUGAAGGUUGGGGAACCUCCAUCAUUUGUGGUGCCCCAGCGCCAAGAGGUGUGUGGGUCACCAGAAGACAGAGACAGGAGGGACACUGCUGUUUCCACUAAGCGACCCCACUCCUCCAUUCUCAGUCUUAGACCUUCAGACACCAUGCUGACGCACGGGAGAGCCAACACCACUGACCCGCGGAUUCCUAACAUGGAGAAUGGGCUGUGCAACAAGCUGAACCACACCAAGAGUCCAGUGGCACUCAAAACUGCCAGCAUCCGUGACAAGAUCUCACACUGGGAGGGCAAAAAGGAACCUGCUCCAUUGAACGCCACAGGGUCAUGUCCAUUGGGCGUAAUGCAGAAAGAAACUGAGAUGGUGAGGAAAAAGGACUGCAAAGCAUCAGAUGUCCAAAGGACAGACAGCAAAAGGUUUGUCAGCUGGGAUAAGCAAGACUCAGGCAAGGAGAAUGUUGGAAAGUUUGGAGAUUUGAAGCCCAAAUGUCCUGAUGGAUUAACAAACAGGGACAGAGAAGUGAUCUCAGAGGGAGGACUUCCAGGAACUAAGCAAACAGAACAACCCCAAGAUAAGAAAACUGUUUUAACUCACAUUAAGAAACUGGAGAAAGCAACAAAAGAAGCACCCGUUAAACCUUCACUAGCAUUUCCAGGAAAUUAUUUCUGCCCGCCUUCAAAAGAAGAACAGGAAGAAACAGAGAAGAGGGGGACUGAGCCCAUUUUUGGGACUUUUGACCUACCUCGGUCUGGGGGCAUGUCACAGAAGAGGAGAGAGGGAGAUCUGGAAAAUGUGUACAGUGAGCCAGGUGCUCCAUCAAUAAAUCCUUUACCAAAACCUCAAAGAACCUUCCAGCACCACACACCGCCUACUACCCCAGCUUUAGGAUCAGGUUCAGGGAAAGGCAAGAGAAACCUCCCCCCUCUGCCAUCAAUUCCCCCUCCUCCCUUACCCACCUGCCCACCUCCCGGAGUGUCCAGGAGACCCUGGGCGGGCAAACCUCGGGACAGCAGUAACAGGAAGUCUUAUGAAUUUGAAGAUCUUCUUCAGUCAUCUGCAGAAGGCUGCAGGGUGGACUGGUACGCUCAGUCACGGCUGAGCCUAACACGCACUUUAUCAGAGGAGAACGUCUACGAGGACAUUAUAGACCCUCCAUCCAAGGAGAACCCUUACGAAGACAUAGAACUAGAGAGAAGCUGUCUGGGAAGCAAAUGUAUUGCGUCUGCCUCCACAUCUCCUGCCCCUGAUACAUCAACCAAGUACACCUCCAAGCCUAAUUUCUUUAGGCAGAAUUCCGAACGUCGAAGUUUCAAGCUCCUAGAACUACGCAAGAUCAACCGGGACACUGGCAUCAUGUCACCAUACCGCAUCAGCCCUCCUUCCACCCCCAGCAGCCCUGACGACACCCCCUGUCUCUCUGGAGACGCUUACAACCGCAGGAGGAGGAAAGUCCCAAAGAUGGUGCUGAAAAUCAACAGCAUCUUUGAGGCACGGCGGGGGAAGAGACACAUGAAGAAAGUGUCUCAGUCUGCGGAUUCCAACUCUGGGAGAGUGACAGAUGAGAACAGUGAGUCAGAGAGCGACACUGAGGAGAAACUAAAAGCUCACAGCCAGCGCCUGGUGUCAGUCCAGUCCAUGCUGAGGCAGACAUGGCGGUACCGGACCUUGGAGAGGGAUCUGAUGGACUUGCAGGAGAGGAAACUUUUUGAAUAUUUCAUCGUUGUAGCGCUUCAUAAGACCAAGGCUGGAGUCCCAUACCUGCCAGAAGUCACACAGCAGUUCCCUCUCAAGCUUGAGAGGAGCUUUAAGUUCAUGCGAGAGGCCGAGGACCAGCUGAAAGUUAUUCCACAGUUCUGUUUCCCUGAUGCCAAAGACUGGGCUCCUGUUGACAACUUCCCCAGUGAGACGUUCUCAUUUGUCUUGACUGGUGAGGACGGGAGCAGACGGUUUGGCUACUGUCGUCGGUUAUUGCCCAGUGGUAAAAGCCGAAGACUUCCCGAGGUUUACUGCAUCGUCAGCCGCCUGGGCUGCUUUGACCUCUUCUCUAAGAUCUUGGAUGAAGUGGAAAAGAGGAGGGCGAUCUCCCCGGCUCUGGUGCAGCCCUUCAUGAGAGGUAUUAUGGAAGCUCCCUUCCCUGCUCCAGGAAGGACUAUCACUGUCAAGAACUUCCUACCUGGCUCUGGAACAGAGGUCAUAGAACUGUGUCGUCCGUCUGAUUCUCGCCUGGAACACGUGGAUUUUGAAUGUCUCUUCUCCUCUUUGACACUUCGUCUCCUUUUCCGAGUGUUUGCCUCCCUCCUGCUGGAGCGCAGGGUCAUCUUCACUGCUGACAAACUCAGCACAUUGUCUCAGUGUUGUCAUGCCAUAGUGGCUCUCCUGUACCCCUUCACCUGGCAACACACAUACAUCCCCGUGCUCCCACCGUCCAUGCUGGAUAUAGUCUGCACCCCAACACCCUUUAUCGUCGGACUCCUCUCCAGCUCUCUGCCUCGGCUCAAAGAGCUGCCUAUCGAGGAGGUCCUGGUGGUCGACCUCGGCAACAGCCGCUUCCUACGACAGCUGGAUGAUGAGGACUCCAUUCUUCCCCACAAACUGCAGACAGCUCUGGAGCAAGUACUGGACAAAAGGAGGGAUCUGGCCUGUGAUAAAGCAGACCUGCCCAAUGACUCAUGCUCCCUCAGCACAGUUGUGUCCGAGGCCUUUGUGCGUUUUUUUGUGGAGAUGGUCGGUCACUACUCUCUCUUCAUGGGCGGAGCGGAGCGGGAGGAUGAGUCUUGUAUCUCUUCAUCCUCUUUACCUAUUCCCUCCUCAUCUUUUCAGCGUGAGGCUUUCCGCAAGGCCGUAACCUCCAAGAGCCUGAGGAGGUUCCUUGAGGUGUUUAUGGAGACCCAAAUGUUCACUAGCUUCAUCCAGGAGAGGGAGCUGCGCAGGCAGGGCCUCAGAGGUCUGUUUGAAGUGAGGGCACAAGAGUAUCUGGACGCUCUGCCUGGAAGUGAACAACGAGGAGUCAACAAAUUCCUCAAGGGCCUUGGAAAUAAGAUGAAAUUCCUUUCCAAAAAAUGAUUCCUGGAGUCUUGAUGCUAUCUGUGAGAGAAUCAAUGCUUGUGUUUAAAAAAAACAAAAAAAAUACAAAGAUGUGACAUUUCCUGGACAUGAAGUCUUCAAAGCUUAACCUGGCAGAAAGCAGUAUAUCUUCUUGUCAUGUUGAAAGAAGACCUUUAAUUGUACUGGACU